GAGACCUUGGUUCUUCGCUGCCGUCGCCAGUGUUUACUGCCGGAACUUCUCCGUUCAUUGGAAGAUGGAGAAAAGUGCUAAUUUUCUGUUUGGUGGAACAAACUUCAAUAGGAAGAAGUUUGCUCCAGAUUUCGCCAAGUUUAAGAAUCGUAAGGAGGAAGAUGAUGAUGAUGAUUCCAAUAAGAAACUGAGCUCCUUUGAGCAAGAGAAGCCUGAGCAAGAGCAGAGAGUCUCCUCCUCCUCUAAGAAAAGGAAACGAAAAUCUGCUAAUUCUGAGCCUGUGGAAGGGUUUGAUGUGUUCAAGAGCUCAAAGAAGGCACGUUCUAAAGGGAAAGAGGUUGAACAAGACGCAAAGGAUGAGACUUUAGAAAAUCCCAAGAAGGAAUUUUAUAGGAGAAUGGAGCAAGAUGCUUUGGCAAGGAAACAGUACAAUAUUCAUGUUUCUGGUAACAAUAUUCCACCCCCACUUAAGAGCUUCACUGAGUUGUCAACUAGGUAUGGUUGUAAGAAAUACAUAUUACGCAAUUUGGCUGAACUUGGAUUUAAAGUGCCUACUCCAAUCCAGAGGCAGGCUAUUCCAAUUCUCCUAUCGGGUCGUGAAUGCUUUGCCUGUGCUCCAACUGGGUCAGGAAAGACCUUUGCUUUUAUUUGCCCCAUGCUUAUAAAACUCAAGCGUCCUUCAACAGAUGGUAUUAGAGCAAUUAUCCUCUCUCCUGCACGAGAACUAGCUGCUCAGACAGCUAGAGAAGGAAAAAAGCUUAUUAAAGGAAGCAAGUUCGCCAUCAGAUUAAUGACUAAACCCCUCGUCAAAACUGCCGACUUCUCGAAGCUGCAGUGUGAUGUUCUCAUAUCAACACCGUUGCGUCUUAAAAGAGCCAUCAAGGCUAAAAAAAUUGACUUAAGCAAGGUGGAGUAUCUUGUCCUUGACGAAUCUGACAAGCUGUUUGAGCAGAGCAUGUUGAAGCAGAUAGAUGGCGUGGUUAAGGCUUGUUCAAACCCUUCAAUCAUACGGUCAUUGUUCAGUGCUACUUUACCUGAUUCUGUUGAGGAACUUGCACGUUCCAUUAUGCAUGAUGCUGUUCGUGUCAUCAUUGGCCGCAAGAACACAGCAUCUGAAACCGUCAAGCAAAAGCUGGUUUUCGCUGGAACUGAAGAAGGGAAACUUCUCGCUCUUCGGCAAAGCGUUGCACAGAGUCUGAAUCCACCGGUGCUGAUCUUUGUGCAAAGCAAAGAACGAGCAAAGGAACUCUACGAUGAACUGAAAUGUGACAACAUCAGAGUCGGUGUCAUUCAUUCAGAUCUCCCUCCAGGAGAAAGAGAAAACGCGGUUGAUAGUUUUAGAGCAGGCGAGACGUGGGUUCUGAUUGCUACUGAUGUGAUCGCUAGAGGUAUGGAUUUCAAAGGGAUUAACUGCGUGAUAAACUAUGACUUUCCGGAUUCUGCUUCUGCAUACAUCCACAGGAUUGGUCGAUCAGGGAGAGCGGGAAGGAGCGGUGAGGCGAUAACGUUCUACACGGAGGAAGAUGUGCCUUACCUAAGGAACAUAGCCAACACGAUGACAUCAUCAGGCUGUGAGGUUCCGUCGUGGAUCUUGACUUUGAAGAAGAAGAAAUGGAAGAAGCAUAGGCCAAAGCGUGAAUCUAUAUCCAUUCGACCUAAAGACAGUAAAAUCGAACAAGCAGAGUAACUUCAAAAAAUUUGGUUGCUGCAUUGACUAUUACUUCUUUUUUUUUAAGUUAAUUUUGUAUUUUUAUAAUUUUAUGUUUCAAAGUUUUGAUAAGAGGUGUGAAUUCUAAGAUUUCCUGUUAUAACUUCAAAAGAAAUUUCUUAAAUUAUGAAACAAGUUUGGAUUUUGGAAAUAGCUUUGCUGUUCUAUACAACUUUGUCUUAUACAUAUCUUAUAUAUGUAAG